UUGAAAUGUCCUGCAACAUCUACCAUGUAGGCACAUUAAAUCAUUUCUGCUUGGGUUCUGAAUCUCUCUCUCUCUCUCUCUCUCUCUCUCUCUCUCUCUCUCUCUCUCUCUCUCUCUCUCUCUCUCUCUCUCUCUCUCUCUCUCUCCCUCCUUCUCUCCCCCCACCCCCCUCUCCAUGGAUCUGGGCAAUCACGAAAAAACAGAUUCUAGAAACAAGAACUUAAAGGAGAAAUUGAUGGUCCUUUCUGGAGAUACUGAAGCCAAACCUUUGAUCUUUACAUUUGUCCCGACCAUACGAAGACUACCAACUCACACUCAGGUUGCUGAUGCUUCUAAAUACCUUGUAAAAAUUGGUGAAGAAACAAGAGAUAAGAGCCAAGGGACAGUAAAUAGGUCUAUUUCCCAUGAAUUCUUGGACCACCUGACUUUGAAAAGUGGAUUCCGACAAGAGAGCGAUAUCUGGACAUACAGGUGUUCUGCAGAAACUGGCCAAAAGAUUUUCCAAGGGAGAGGACUUAAAUUGAAUCAACCAGAAACAAUGCAGCAGAGUGACCUUUUCAAAGCAGAAUAUGUCUUUAUUGUGGACUCUGAAGGGGAAGAAGAAGCCAUAAGCAAAAAGGAGGACAAACAGCCCCCUGUGGGGAAUGGUCAUGGGUUAGAAAGACCCAGGUCCUUAGCUAUAGCCCCAGGGCCUGUCACUGAACUGCAAAAACCACGUCAUAGUGACUUCCAAGUUCUAGGAAGACCAGAACUUCCUCAGGAUUCACCUAAUCAACAAAAACAAGUACAGUUAACUUCUCCCUCUACUACCUCUGAUCAACUCUCCUGUAAAUCACCUGCUCUCUUUGUUUCACCAACUAAUCUGAAAGCACAGUCUGACAUGGUUAGCCUGCACCAAGCCUCUCUCCUGGAAGAAUUCCAUACUAAGAGGGUAGAUCCACGUGGGUCCAUCAUGCAAGAGACGUCGACAUAUUUUCAAGGGACCACGUACUCUUCCCCUUGUUUUGCAUCAGAGGAAACCAUCUCAGAGAUAAAAAACACUCAAAUCUUAGGUUCUAAGCAGCUAAAAGAUAUCCCUAGCCCAACUUUAGCUCACCAAAAGUCUGAAUUAAGGUCAGAAAUGUUAAGCAAGAGUCCAACUCCCCCCUCAAAUCUUAUCAGCUCAAGUGGAAGCCAGAGUUUCACUGCUCAGGUACCACUGUCAAUUACUCCCAAGUCAGAGUCAUCAUCAUAUAUACCUGUUCGCAUCAUCACACAUUCAUUAUCCCCAAGUCCUAAACCAUUGAAUUCCACUUUCUAUGGGUCCUCUUCCACUUUGUGUAGCCAAGCUUCAUCUAGUGGAAAUCUUGCAAAGCCAGGAAUUAAGUCCCCAGUACCAACUCGACUUUCUCUUCUGACUGCUAUUUUGAAGUCAAACCCUCCUCAUGGGAGACCCUUUUCUCCCGCAUCCUGUCCCACCUUCUCUUCCAACUCCCUGACUUCAUCCACACUCACAUUGGAUCAAAAAGUGAAAAGAACCCCACCUACUCCUAAGAAAUCUUACUCUAGUUUUUCCCUCAGGGAAGAAUCUCCUGAUAUAGGAGAACAGCAGCCUUUGGAAGUCUCCCAUCAAUCUGUUCACUCUCCUUUUUCCACCAAGAUUAGUCCUGCCUCUCAGGAAGCUCCCCUUUCCCGUACAAAGCCCUUAAGUGGCAGUCCACUUUCUCCUAAAUUAGGGAGAGUUCCUUCUCCCCCUGUUUCUCCUAAAAGGAAUAUAGUCCCAACACAAUUACAAAGCAAAACAGUGAACUCGUCAACCCUACCCCCUAUUCCACCAUUUUCUUCUGCUGCUUCCUUUAAUAAAGGCAAUCAUGAAGCUGACUCCAAAGGUCCAGUUCCUGAAAAACCCAAGAGGUUUCAUACAUACUCAUCCACUUCAUCCUCUUCUGUCUUAUGUUCUGUUUCUGACCCUGCUAGCCAAAGAAACAAUCUGUCUUUUCCAAAGGAGUAUUCCUUUUCAACAGCUCCCUUAUAUCCGACAGAUCAGCCAAAAGAAGCUUCAACACAGUUAUUAGCUAAGGAGAAGAAUUUCAUAUCUGCUACUUCUCCAAGCAUUUCUAUUCCCAUUUCUCUCUCUUAUUCUAAUUUUGGGUCCUCCAUUACUCCUGCUGAUAAUAUUCACUCCCAGAAGAUUUCAUCUCUGCACCCAAAUUAUCAAGUCAGUACCUUACCCACAAGACCUGUAAUGUCCCCUGAAGCCAUGAUAACCCAUACCAGAUCCCCUUUUUCAAGCCCAGCACCUCCCACAUCCCUAAUAAGAACCAAAGGGUCAACUUCACCACAAUCUUUGUCCCUGCCUUCAGACCCUGAAAGUAAGAAAACCAAGCAAUACAAGAUCAAGUCCAACUACAAGGCCUUUGCAGCAAUCCCUACAAACACAAUACUCUUGGAACAGAAGGCACUAGAUGAACCCAUCAAGUCAGAGAGGAUCACCAAGGACAGCACUUUAGACUCACAUCUGGAGUUGUGUUCCCCCGCACAGCUCAGGCAGCAAACUGAAGAGCUCUGUGCUGCCAUUGAUAAGGUCUUACAGGAAUCCUUGUCCAUGCAUCCUUCAAAUUCUCCUUCAAGUUCCAUGCAGACAUCAUUGGGUUCUGAUGGAAACAGAAUGCCUGCAACUCUUCCAAGAGCAGCUGGUCGAGAAACAAAAUAUGCAAAUCUCUCUUCCCCAUCAUCUUCAGUGGCUGUGAGUCAACUGACAAAACCUGGAGUAAUUCGUCCAGUUCCAGUAAAAUCCAAAAUACUAUUUCGGAAAGAAGAGGAGGAGGCAUAUGAGCCAAACCCUUUCAGUAAAUACUUGGAAGAAAACAGUGGCCUCUUUACUGGGCAGGAUACUGCUUCUCUUCAUGAUGCUGCUCCUCUCCAUCCUCUCUAUAAGACUAAACCAUUUCCUCCUGCUAAAUCACUGUUGCAUCCCCUGAGCUUCUCAUAUACUGACUGCCUUACCCCUGGACCUUUCAGUCAUUUGUCCUCUAUCUCUCUGGGUGAUGGACAUGUGAAUUCCCCUACUUCAUUCAGUCACAACAGGUUGUAUAAUAAGCCAAGUCAUCCAAUAGUAACUAUUCCUGAAAAUGAAACCCUUGGUCCUAAAGAGCAAUGAUCCAAAAGCAGAAGCUAACACCCUGGAUGUGGAAGCCUUUGGGAAGCUGGAUGCUCAGUAGAUUUACAUUUUGUUAUUCAGAUAGAAUUCUCCCUUUAUUAACUGCAAUGCAGCAACAGCACUCAAAAACGUUUCCUGCAAACAUGUACCAUUGAAAGUAGCCUCCUAAUACUCAACAGAAAAGAGAUAUACUUCCAGAGAUGUUAGCAGAGCUUUAGAACCUACCCUUAAACUGACAGUGAUACUUACAUGUCCUUAUGUUUAGACACCAAAUAA